AGUGGUCCCAGUGCCAGAUCUUGUCACAAGAUGUGCAUUGACAUUCAGCGGCGGCAGAUCUACACGCUGGGACGCUAUCUGGAUUCCUCCGUGAGGAACAGCAAGUCUCUGAAAAGCGACUUCUAUCGCUACGACAUUGACACAAACACGUGGAUGUUACUGAGCGAAGACACGGCGGCGGAUGGAGGUCCAAAGCUGGUGUUUGAUCAUCAGAUGUGUAUGGAUUCUGAAAAACACAUGAUCUACACCUUUGGAGGCAGAAUUCUGACCUGCAAUGGCAGCGUUGAUGACAGCAGAGCCAGCGAGCCGCAGUUCAGUGGAUUGUUUGCUUUCGACUGCCAGUGUCAGACAUGGAAACUUUUGAGAGAGGAUUCCUGUAAUGCUGGACCUGAGGAUAUCCAGUCCCGAAUAGGGCACUGUAUGUUGUUCCAUUCUAAAAAUCGCUGCUUAUAUGUAUUUGGUGGCCAGAGAUCGAAGACUUACUUGAAUGACUUCUUCAGUUAUGAUGUAGACAGCGAUCACGUGGAUAUCAUAUCAGACGGCACUAAGAAAGAUUCAGGGAUGGUUCCAAUGACAGGUUUCACUCAAAGGGCUACCAUUGAUCCAGAACUGAAUGAAAUCCAUGUCUUGUCAGGGCUCAGUAAAGACAAGGAGAAGCGGGAAGAGAAUGUAAGGAAUUCCUUCUGGAUUUAUGACAUUGUGAGGAACAGCUGGUCUUGUGUCUAUAAGAACGACCAAGCAGCAAAAGAGAAUCCAGGUAAAAGCCUUCAAGAAGAGGAGCCCUGCCCAAGAUUUGCCCAUCAACUGGUGUACGAUGAGUUGCACAAGGUUCAUUACUUAUUUGGAGGGAAUCCUGGUAAGUCCUGCUCUCCGAAGAUGAGAUUAGAUGAUUUCUGGUCUCUGAAGCUUUGUCGACCUUCAAAGGAAUAUCUGCUAAGACACUGCAAAUACCUCAUAAGAAAGCACAGGUUUGAAGAAAAAGCUCAGACUGACCCUCUUAGUGCACUGAAGUACCUGCAGAAUGACUUGUAUGUAACUGUGGAUCACUCAGACCCCGAGGAGACAAAAGAGUUUCAGCUUCUCGCCUCAGCAUUAUUUAAGUCUGGCUCGGAUUUCACCACUCUUGGAUUUUCAGAUGUUGACCACACGUACGCGCAGAGAACUCAGCUGUUUGAUACGCUAGUCAACUUCUUUCCAGACAACAUGACCCCUCCUAAAGGCAACCUGGUGGACCUCAUCACGCUGUAAACGGAGCAAUCACUGGACAUGUGGAAGAGGGGAAAAGCAUCCAUUUUCAGUAUUUUAAUUUUUUUACUGCGUUGAUUGACUGCUGGGAUGAAGUAAUAUAGCAACCCCGAGGUGUUUGAAAGGGGUUUUAUACUUGUAUGGUGAAUCCCUGAAGCUUUUCCCUUGGAGUAGGUUAAUAAAAUGUAACUGACGUACUUCCGA